AUGAUUGUUCUAGGCUUACAUCCUUCUACAGAAAGUAUAAAUAAAGACUUGAGAAGCCUGAUUAACCUGCGACAUCUGAUCCUGCCUUUGGAAGUAAUUCCCACAAUAGCCGAGAUUGGGAAACUUACUUCCCUCCAGAAUCUGGAUGAAUUCCAUGUCAGAGAGGGGAAUGGGUACAAGAUAGGUGAGUUAAAGCACUUGAGGGAGCUCCAUGGUGAACUACGCAUCAAGAAUCUUGAGAAUGUAAGAAGCUACGAAGAUGCUUUGGAGGCUGAGUUGCUUAAUAAGAAACAUCUCCACUCACUACUGUUGCAAUGGGAUUCUGAUUCGAAUAGCACUCCUGAGGUAGCAGAAAAGGUAAUCGAUGGGCUCCAACCACACUCUAGUCUUGAAAAUCUGGAAAUUAUUGGUUACAGCGGUGCUUUGUCUCCAUGUCGGUUGGAAACUCAAGAUCUUGCCAUGCUAGAAUUCAUUACUUCAAUUACCUUGAGCAAUUGCAAAAACUUGCAACUCCUCCCACCCCUUGAGAAGCUACCUUUCCUAAAGUUUCUGUCUCUUGCGAAUAUGAGGGCAUUGACAGAAGUUGGUCAUUCAUUCCGUAUGUGUGAUAUGGUCACUGCUUUUCCUAGGUUGGAGGUUCUGAAUUUUAGUAGCAUGCCGCAUUUGGAGAAGUGGUGUGGUGUAGAGGAUGGUCCAUGGUUUCCUUGCCUCAAGGACCUGUACAUUGAAGAUUGCUCUGGGUUGGUGGCAUUGCGGCGACUACCUCACAGUCUGGAACGACUGGAAACAUCUAAUGUGGGAUUGAUUACUCUUCCAAGACUUUGGCAGUGUCAAAACAAUGAUUGCAAGAACCGAUCACGGUCCAACCUUCAUCACUUGAUGCUUUGGUCUUGCCCCAAGCUAACGUCUCUAGCUCGAGGCUUGCUGCAACAUACUGACCAUUUUAUGGAUGUUGAGGAGUUGAUCAUUGAUGGCUGUAAAGAGCUAGUGCAUCUGCCGGUGGAAGGAUUCCAAAAACUCGUCUCACUAAGAAGCCUCAAGAUACGGAAGUGCCCACGUUUGCAGAGACACAAUGCACCUCGCGACGACUUCUUUCUUCCCUCGUCAGUCCAGAAUAUUUCUAUGGAGGAUUGUGGUGAGAUAGAUGCAUCACUGCCUGGUGCAAUGGAGCACCUUGCAUAUCUCUCUGAGUUGACCUUGUCGGAAUGCACGAGUAUCACAUCCCUCCCCUCAGCAGAGGUUUGCAAGCACUCAUCUCACUCAAAACGGUUGGAGAUCAGAGAAUGCCCCAAGCUUGCGGGAGCAGUGGCAGCUGCACCACCAUUAACCAGUGAUCCCGCCAAAGGGGCAGCUGUUGGCUCUUCAUUGUCACUCGACAUACUCGAGGUUGAUGACCCCUCAUUGCUGCACUUGGAGCCAUUAAGAAGCCUUGCAUCCAUUCAACAUGUGGAGUUGCUAGAUUGCUCCCAGCUCACAUCCUUGCCUGAAGAAUGGCUGUCACAAGUCCGCAGUUCCCUCCAACGGCUGCGGUUAUGCAAGGCAGUCUCCCUGAGGUUCCUGCCUGUGAGCUUGAAACAACUCUCCUCCCUACGGGAGCUAGAGUUAGAUGGAUUCCCUCUACUGCAAUCACUGCCAGAAAUGCCCAAUUCACUGAAGACUCUGUGCAUCCGUGACUGUGAUUCAAAGUUGGAGGACCAUCUCCUUGGCCAAGAUUGGAAUAGGAUUGCCAAUUGGAAUAGUAGUCCUGAGAUCUGUCAAGCGAAGAUAUUCAGUCGAAACGAAGCACAUAGAAACUAG